AUGUUAUCCGAGGCCCUUUGUUGGAUACUUCUCAACAUUAUUAAGCUCCCCUCCGUGCUACACCUCCUCGACGACUUCCUUUUCAUCGAUCCCCCUCUUCAAUCGUCCCAUUCCCUUCAGAAACUCAAAGAUCUUUUUGAUUGCGUCGGUGUCCCCAUCUCCGAGGAGAAAACUACCGGUCCUUCAAAAAAGUUAGAAUUUCUCGGCAUCUCCCUGGACACCGAGAAGAUGCUGGCUUCACUACCGACCGAUAAACUAGUUCGCAUCCGUGAGAUUUCCCAGUCCCACCUGUCAUCCUCCGUCCUAUCUAAACGCAAGCUUCUCUCCUUGCUCGGGCACCUCAACUUCGCCAUGCGGAUAAUUCCCCAAGGGCGUUCUUUCAUUUCCAGGCUCCUGGACCUAGCUAACUCAGUUCAUUCAUUGCUCGAUCAAGUCUCGCUGGAUAACGGGUGUCGCUCCGACCUCUCCUUUUGGUCCAGACUGCUCAACAGCUGGAACGGUAUUUCGUUUUUCUAUGACGACGUUAUUCUCUCCGCUGACUCCAUCCAAUUCUAUACAGACGCAGCCCCAUCCGCCGGUUUCGGGGGAUUCUUUCAGGGCAAGUGGUUCGCUGAGAAAUGGCCCCUCUCAACUCCUCAGCACGAGUCGUCUGCCUAUUACAAAAUCAUCCCCAUCGCAGCGGCCUGUCGGCUUUGGGGGAGCUUGUGGGAACGCAAGCACAUAGUGGCGCUAUGUGAUAACGCAGCGGUCGUGGAAGCCAUCAAUAAAGGUCGCUCCUCCUCUAGUUCCAUUAUGCCUUUCCUACGCCGCAUUACCUGGCAAUCUGUUAUUGACAAUUUCAUCUUAUCAGCGCGCCACGUUCAGGCCACUCUAAUACCAUCGCCGAUGCUCUUUCUCGUCUUCAUUUGCAGAUCUUCCGUCGCCUCUGCCCGUCAGCCGAUCUCCUCCCGACACCUGUUCCCUCCUUUGAGGACCUAGUCCUGAACUAAUUUCUCCUUCAGUGCAAUCGCUGCUCCGAUCUGCUAAAGUGUAUAUCAAAAGCGGUCUAGCGCCUUCCACACUCAAAUCCUACUCCUUUGCCUGGCGCAACUUCAAUAAAUUUUGCUUAUCUCUCGGGAUACCCAUCUUUCGAAUCCUUAUAAACACCGUCGUUGCCUUCCUGACCCACCGUUUGUUCAUUUCGGUUCUAAGCACUCUUGCAUUCGCAGUCUCCUAGCCGGGAUUAAUUUCUUUAAUCAACUCUAUCAGCCUACCCCUUCUAUUAGCCUCUUUUCUAAUCAUGUAAUUAAGCUCUUACUGAAAGGUUUCGCUAAUCAGCGUCCAGCACUCCCUGACGACCGCAAACCCAUUACUCUCUCUAUUUUAAAGGACCUGCUCGUCACACUUCGCUCCAGCUCCUACUCUCCCUAUCUCAAGUCCCUUCUCUCGAGCUCGUUCCUCUUAGCCUUUUAUGGACUCCUUCGUCUGGGGGAGUUCACUACUCCCAAUAAUCGUUACGUUCCCUCCAGAGAUCUAGCCGUCUCUGACCUCAAGUUCCACCCCAACUAUUACAGCUUAGCUCUGAAGCACUCCAAAGCUAAAGGCGCGUGUUCUAUCAUCAUGGCACGCAUCAGCGGUCCUUUCCGCCCCUUUUUAGCCAUGUUCAAAUUUGCUCUCCUUAGGCGCAAGGUUAGCUUCUCCUCGGAAUCCCUCUUCCUCACUCCCGAAGGCAAUCCUAUGUCCGCUACCUGGUCCUUAAACAUCUCAGACUACUUCUUGCUGCCAUCAAUCUCCCUCCCAGUCAUUUCUCCGGCCACUCCUUUAGAAUAGGGGCAGCUACAUCUGCAGCUGUUCAGGGAGUUCCCUCCACGUCUCUCCAGCAACUUGGUCGUUGGUCAUCAUCAGCCUAUUCAUCUUACAUUCGCCCAGACCUCUCCUCGGUGCUCUCAGCACAACGCUCCCUCAGUGCCUAGGUAAGCACUGCUCAACUCAUUGGUGGUAGUUGAUUUACAUCAUACAAGCUAGCGUUCCUACCCCAUGCCGUGACCUUAUUUUUCCCCCGCUUUUACGUCCUUAUUUUCAGAUCUAUUUCAGGAGUAUUCUCACCUGACACCCGCUUUUCGACCUCUUCAUCGUGAGUCUAAUUCCUACUCCAUCAUCCCGUUUCAGCAAGAUGUAGUUCGCAC